GCUUCGGAAGGGACAAAUUUUCAUUGGCCCGCCGAACUCGCUUACUCUGAACGAAACGUCUAGAGAUUGCAAAGUCAAAGGUCACGAUCUGCUAAUUUCAUUGGUCGAUGAUUACAUCAUAUAGCAUCAAAAUGGCGGACGAUUACUCGAACAAAAUUUCAACAAAUUCUGAUAAAACUAGCGUCAAUCUUGACAAAAUGACAGUUUCUCAGCUUAAGGACUACCUUAAACAAAGAGAGGUUUCAACAUCUGACUAUCGGAGAGAUAUGCUCGUCGGACUUGCGAAAUUGGCGCAUGAAAUCCAACUUGAAAAAAAUCCGGAAAUAAAUGAGGAAACAUUUUCAACUGAAUCGAGGAGAACAGUUAAUAUUGAUGGAAAAACAAUCACUUUUGAAGAUCCCGAACAAAUAAAAAAUUGGAAUAUUGAUCUAAAAACCGUACCGGACAUUGAACUUUCCCACUGUUUCCACUAUCUUCAUACUGUUUGUGGAUGGAAUGCUGGAAGAUUGGCAAAUUAUACCAAAGACAAUGGGUUCAAACUUUUCAAAGAUCGACAUAUUUCAGCAGUUAAAGUCAAAUCAUUGAGUCAUGAGCAUAUGUAUGUGCAGGCCGAAUGUGUUAGACAAACAUCACUAAGUGAAAAUCCGUACAAAUUAUUUGUACUUUUAGAGAAGUCGGGCAUAAUCAAGUCAGCUGGGUGUCAGUGUGUUG